CCCAACGUCGUCGCUUCGAGCUGUCCAAUUCUUGCGGUCUCAGGAGCUUGUGGAUUUUGCUUCGCUUUGGUAGCUAUGUCGGGGCGAGGAAAGGGCGGCAAGGGUUUGGGCAAGGGCGGGGCGAAGCGCCACCGUAAGGUGCUCCGCGACAACAUCCAGGGUAUCACGAAGCCAGCGAUUCGGCGCCUCGCGAGGAGGGGCGGCGUGAAGCGCAUCAGCGGCCUCAUUUAUGAGGAGACUCGCGGCGUCCUCAAGAUCUUCCUUGAGAAUGUGAUCCGUGACGCUGUCACCUACACCGAGCACGCUCGUAGGAAGACUGUCACCGCCAUGGACGUCGUGUACGCUCUGAAGAGGCAGGGAAGGACUCUCUAUGGUUUUGGUGGUUAGGGCUUCAUCUCUGCUAGAAGUCUUGCUGUCAAGAAACAGGGAACGAAGGAUUGGGUGGGAGGUUAUGUUGGUCUCAUAUGUUAGAAUAACUUAUCUAGUGGUUUGUGUAAGUAAUGAUUUGGAAUCGCUUCUCAACUUUAUCAAACGUCUUAUUGCCUCUGGUAAAUGAUAAUGACUCUUUUUGAGAUCUUAUAGUUGACGUA